CUCACGACCCAGGUUUACAAUUGUUUCGACGUUGCGACCCUACAUACCGUGGCUCCAACACGCACAACCGUCGAGCUACUCUUCUGCUACGACCCAAUUGAAACUCCAAGCCAAACGCUCGCUCUUCUACGCUCUGACGUAAAAGUAGAUCUGAUUGCCCUCUGACGUCGAUACCUUACCAAGCUCAAUACCUGAACGCCUGAACAGGCGACGUAUUCAGCUACCGUGUUUGGUGCCUUAAAUCCUUUCCUGCACCUUUGGUCACGUCGCAUCCUCCGCUCCUUUCAUACUCUCACACUGCAGCUCGGGUGGCAAAAAGGAACAGCAUGUCGCGACGAGCGGUGCCAGAGAGCACGGCGGAGCGGAACCGGAAUACGCUCAAACAACUGGUGAAGCUUGAAGCGAAUAAGAGUUGCUGCGACUGCAAGAGGAACAAACACCCGAGGUGGGCUAGCUGGAAUCUUGGUAUAUUUAUUUGCAUAAGGUGCUCCGGUAUACAUCGUGGCAUGGGAACACAUAUCAGCAGGGUUAAAUCUGUGGAUCUAGAUUCAUGGACCGACGAACAAUUGCAGAGCAUGCUUAAGUGGGGUAAUGCAAGGGCAAACAAGUAUUGGGAAGCAAAGCUCGCACCUGGUCACAUACCUGCAGAAGCCAAAAUCGAGAAUUUCAUCCGGACUAAGUACGAGUCUAAGCGCUGGGUAAUGGACGGAGGAAUGCCAGAUCCAUCAACACUAGAUGUGGAGGGUGACGACGAUGUUCCUCUGAGCGUUGUACAGGAGAAAGCGAAAAUUGAGCGAUCUACAUCACAAAGGGUCGCCUCUUCGAGUGGUAGUGCUGCUGCUAUAACUGCCGCUCCACAGGCAGUGCGUCAAACACAGAAUGUUGACUUGUUUGGCGACGAGCCUCCAGCGCGACCUAGCACCGGACCACCAGCAAGCGCCGCAGCUCCACCAAAAAGAACUCCGAAGCCAACACAGCCUGGUGACUCUCUACUUGGAUUAGAUUUUCUGUCGGGACCGACCGCCGCUCCCCCUGCAAGGCCGUCAAGUAACCCAUCUCUGGCCGGUAAUGCCACAUCUAGGCCAGACCUUAAACAGUCAAUCCUUUCCCUGUACGCUUCAAAACCUGCUGCGCCGCCUCAGCAACCUCAGCAUGCUCCAUCAAACUCUGGCUCUUUUGGUGCGCCAUCCCCUCCUGGACAAUCAGGUCUUGGUGGCAUCAAUGAUGCAUUCGCUAGUCUUAGUUUCUCUCAACCAACUCAACAAUCGCAGAAGCCAUCUCCUUUCGCAGGUCUUGAUAGUGGUAUGAAAAGUCCGCGAUCUUCAGUUUCAAAGCCAGCAACUACCUCGUUUGGAGGUGGAGGCAGCUUUUUCGAUACCCCUGCCUCGCCACCUCCACCACAAGCUAAGCCAGCGCAUACAAACAAACAGCCUUCCUUUGGCGGGUUCGAUGACUUCAUAUCAUCACCAGCUCCGGCAAACAAUGGGAAUCCACCAGCCAAGAGCAAUGACCUUUUCGAUCUGAUGAGUGGAGAUUCAGGUUUCACGACAUCCCAAGCUACCACAUCCACAUCACAGGCAACUGCAACAACACCAUCUUAUAACAACUCCGCAUUCAAUUUGUCAAGUCCAGCGCCUGCUGCACAGUCCACUCCGGUCCCAACUACCGCAAAGUCUCCGACCAUUAAUCUCGCAUCCAAUUUCGAUGCUUGGGGCUCGUCCAAUGCAUGGAAUGAUGAUAAGCCUACGACGUCCGUCACAACAACAAACGCCUCGGCUUCGGGCGACUUUGGUUGGGGCUCCUCCGCCUCCACCAGCUUCGGCCAAAGCAAAGCCACUCCUCAAGUCAGCGCUGAUGAGGAUUUUGGUGACUGGGGUCACGCAUCGCCCGUAGCGACCACGACUACGAGUACGCAGUCCUUGUCAAAGCCAUCUGGAGGCUUCAGUGCGAAUACUGACGAUCUGUUUUCGAACGUGUGGCAAUAAGAUGUCAAUAUGAAUGUGCUGGAAGGUAGAGAUUGUAUGUAGCGUUCUCGCUUGCACAAUAUAGAAGAAAAAUCGACGCUGUGCUUCUUUGUUCUCUAAGAAUA